AUGUGUCCAACCCACCGUGUGACCGAUGUCAACACCAAUUCCAACUUCCGCGAUAUUUCCACCAACCACACGGCCCUCGACUUCACUAUUGACUUUGAUCGCAAGAUCUUGAGUGGAAGAACCAUUAUCAUUGGCGAAGCGAGGGUGGAAGAGCUCACCAAAGUCGUUCUAGACACCAGUCACCUCGUCAUCAAAGACGUUAGUCAUGCCGGGGAAAGUCUUGUGUGGGCCUUGAAGCCCGAGAACGAAGAGAAUGGCAGUCCGUUACAUAUCGAACUCGGGCGAUCUUUCAACACGGGGGAAACCAUUGAACUUGCAGUGGAUUUUGAGACCACCCAAGAAACGACCGGCCUUCAGUGGUUCAGCCCCUCUCAAACGGAUGACAAGGAGUAUCCCUUUAUGUUCUCUCAGUGCGAAGCGAUCCAUGCCCGCUCCGUUUUCCCGUGCCAGGACACGCCCUCCAUAAAGAGCACUUUCGACAUAACGAUUCAUUCUACACUCCCUGUAGUUGCAAGCGGCGUUCCCGAGGUCGAGCUGCUCUUCCCGUCUAUUAUAGACACGACUAAACAGAAAACGUACAAAUUCAAGAUGGAAAUUCCCAUCUCGAACUAUCUUUUCGCCGUGGCCAGCGGAAAUCUGGCCGGGGAGAAAAUUGGGCCCAAAAGCUAUGUUUACAGCGCCCCCAACGACUUGGAAGCCUGCAAAGCGGAAUUUAAGCCCGAUUUGCAAGCUAUUAUGGAGUCUGCAGAGAAUCUCAUCUUUGAGUAUCCUUGGCCGCUCUACAAUCUUGUCGUAUUGCCGAAGUCUUUCCAUCUCGGCGGGAUGGAGAACCCGCUUUUCAACUUUUACAGCGCCACCGUCGUCUCUGGAGACCGGGAGAACAUUUCUGUAGUCGCACACGAAUUUUCACACAGCUACAGCGGCAAUCUUGUCACCAAUGCAUCCUGGGAGCAUUUUUGGCUGAACGAAGGAUGGACGGUUUGGAUCGAGAGGAACAUUAUGCGCGAACUCAAAGGGGACGAUGAGGUCGAGCUCCAAGCAAUCGUCGGAUGGCAAGACCUCAUCCAGUCCAUUGAAACAUAUGGCGGCAACGAGAGUGUCUUCACUAGCCUAGUGCUUGAGUUUGAAGGCAAAGGACCCGACGACGUCUUGUCCAAGAUUCCGUAUGAGAAAGGGUACACAUUCCUGUGCUACCUCGAAAAGACCGUUGGGCGAGCAAAGUGGCUCAAGUUUGUCCCACAUUACUUUCGGACAUUUUACGGCGCUGCCCUUGACUCAGACCAGUUCACAGAUUGCGUUAUCAGCUUCUUCUCGCCUGACACCACUGCUACUUUGGCACUAAGCGGCGUUGACUGGCAAUCAUGGUUACACAAGCCGGGCGCGCCUCAAAAGCCAGAUUUCAACUCCAAGCUUUAUAAGAAGGCUGUUCAACUGGCAGAUCAAUGGGGCAGCCUCUCCGAUGACUCUUCCUUCCAGCCAUCUACUGAUGACGUCAAAGGCUGGACAGCGGGACAAGUCUUGGUUUUUCUCGAUCUGCUCAUUGAAAGCCCGCAGUCAAUCCCACUGGACUAUUGCAAGCUUCUUGACGAUCUCUAUGACGUGGGAAAGUCUGGAAACUUUGAAGUUGUCACUCGUUACCUUCGUAUCGCACUACAAGCCGGUGAUCGUAGGGUUUUGAAGCAGACCGAGGACGUUCUGGGGCAGACAGGCAGAAUGAAGUUUGUGAGGCCAUUAUUCAAAGAACUGCUGUCGGUUGACGAAGGACUGGCAUUGGAAUUGUUCAACAAGUAUCAAAGCUUUUAUCACCCCACUUGCCUCAGAAUGCUAAAGAAUCUGUGGGACGAACAACGGCCAAACGACAACUAG